GGAUGACGGAUGGGCUUUUCAUACUUUCGAGCCUCCAAACUUUCAAUACCGAACCUGAGAUAACCUCGACAUUCAUCGCUAGUACUGCUUGAAACCACUUGAGCAUUUUCUAGAUCCAUUCGUCAGUUGUGCCAUGAUUGCCCAGCACCCCAAGCACUACAACCGCCCGAAAGAUUACCGACUCAACAAAAGAGUGGAUCCACAAGAUCAUACCAAGGAUCGCCCCCGACUUCUCGAAAGGUCGAACAACUUGGAACUCGACGAAUUGCCAGUCCUUCUUCGUUCCCGUGCAACUGCGACUGCUUGAGAGCAACUUCCACUCCUUUUAACAACGCCAUUCAGCUUCAUUCUUGCCGCACGUACGAAUUCAAGAGCGCGAUUUCACACCACAACUCCUGAGCGAGCACAACAACGACGGAAUCCCCGCCUCUGACACCCCCACCACUUCAACUUUAUAAAGACGCCUUCACCCAUUACCGUGCCGGAAGAAUUUCACGAUGGUUUGCACAAGUCCUUCGCUGACUGUGGAGUCGUAUGAGGAGAGCGAUGGUGCGGUUGCGACUGGGAAAGACGACCGAGACGACAAGCCCAUUUAUAGGAGACGGCACUCCUCAUUUCACCCGCGGAGGAAAAGCACCGAGUACGGUAUGGAUGGCGAUGAUAGAUUACUGCUCAAGGUCGACAUCUUCCUCUCUGAACUAGAACGACGCCUGGACUUCCUGGAGAACUACGGAAACCUCAAUUUCGAUGCUGGGAUCUCACGAGCGUAUGCUACACUACAGGCCGUGCGAGCUCGGUGCUCUCAAGCCUCGGGAGAGGUAAUUGGGGCCGGGAGACGCAGGGCGAGGGUUAUGGUUGAGACGGUGGAGUCAAGGUAUCAGGAUGCGCUGGCUGCCAAGGAGACCAUGGGUGAGAAAAUACACACAGGGAUCGGAUUGCUGGAAGCUAUACUCUCGGAAUUCGAAGCUCGGGCAUACAAGAUGAGGGAGCAGGGCUUUGUAGGCGCAGCUGGUACUCUGAUGGACGAGGGACGGAGAGUGGUGGAUGAGGGGAUCGAACGAGCGAGAGAAGUCGUCGAUGAGGGUAUUGAGAGGGCUCGCAAAGCGGCGGAGACUAUGGAGGAACAUAUUCAAAACGCCAUCGUUCGAGCGCGAGAGCAUGGUCUCAUCAGAUAUGAGGAUUUGCCUGUGCCAUGGCGGGUCAAUCCUCAUAUUGUAAAGGGGUACCGAUUCACGGAAUCAAAAGUCGAUUGUGUACGAUCUAUGUUCGGUCUCUCGAACGAAUUGGUUAACAUCUGGUCACACGCAAUCGGACUGUUUAUUGUGCUGGCAAUUGCUUUCUACUUCUACCCUACCAGUGUCAAUUUCUCCGUCAGUACGAAGACCGACGUUUGCAUCGCCGCGGUAUUUUUCUUCGCGGCCUGCAAAUGCCUCGUUUGCAGCACCAUGUGGCACACCAUGAACAGUGUUGCAGACCAAACACUCAUGGAACGAUUUGCUUGUGUUGAUUAUACUGGAAUCUCGCUGCUGAUCGCUGCUUCGAUCAUGACGACUGAAUACACCGCUUUUUAUUGCGAGCCUGUGAGCCGGUGGAUCUACAUGACUCUCACAGCGACACUAGGUAUCGGUGGUGUCAUUCUUCCCUGGCAUCCGACCUUCAACCGCGCUGAUAUGGCGUGGGCACGAGUAGCCUUCUACGUUACUCUUGGUGCGACGGGCUUUGCUCCUGUAUUGCAACUUAACCUCGAUCGUGGUGGAGCUUGGGCGUGGGAGUUUUACGCCCCAAUAGCGAAGAGCAUUACAGUCUACCUUGUUGGAGCUGUUGUCUAUGCCAGUCAGAUCCCAGAGAGGUGGUGUCCAGGUGCCUUCGAUUACAUCGGAGGUAGUCACAACCUGUGGCAUUUUGCUGUCCUGGGAGGUAUUCUGUUCCACUAUAUGGCCAUGCAAGAGUUCUUCACAGGUGCUUUUGCUAGAGCCGACAAUGGGUGUGGGCUAUACUGAUUUUUGUUCACAUGUUUUACAUGGGGUUUGUUUUGGGCAUGGCGACGGUGUCGGAGCAUCUGGUUUGGAUAUCAAUAAUGUGAUACUUGGAUGAUGUCACAGAGAAAUGUACAAAUGGUCGAGCUCUUUUUUAAUGUUGAGAUUUACAAAGCUAUAGUUAGUUCUUGGCUGUUGGCUGUUAAGGAUCAAUCAAUGCUUGGACUUCCAAUGCUAUGCAUAUGGUUCCUCCUACUACCACGUCUUUCCCUCUUUUGUGUCAACUUCCGGGGUAUAGCUACCCACCUACCCUUCCACCUGUUCUUCCACUGCUCGACAGACUUCUUCUAGAAACGGUCAAAGCUUCUUCUAUCCUCUCUUGCACCGCUCUCGUUCUCUCUGUUGCAUAUCGCCUCUCAGCUAUAACCACGCGCCUCCCAUUAAGAAGCAAGGAAGCCGCAUACGGCCAAUCUCAAUUCCAUUAAAAGCACGCACUCGCCUCUUUACCCACAGUCCUCGCCUUCUUGCUUGCAGCUACCUGCUCACGCCAGUAUACCACUUUGGUUCACAGUUAUCCACUUUCAGCCAGCUAUGGUGAACAUCGUCUCCAGAUUGGACUUUAGCCUGCCUGCAUGGUUUUGACUCUGCUUUGCUUGCUUCCUGCGAGGCGGGCCGAGACGAGAACAGGUGCAAGCAGAAGCGGGCAGAGAGGCAAGAGAACGUGAAGUGAUAUAUUUUUAGUGUUGCGCUUCUGUUGCAUAUCGUACUUAGCUGUUUAGCCACAUCUAUUCUCCUAGAGAAGUUGUCCACGAGUACAUGACCUUAUGACACGUCGCUUGAAGUGAAGUUCUUAGAUGCGUUUGUUGAUUUUCGUACUUGAUUGCCGAACGUCAACCUCGGAGAUGGAUGCUCGCUUGGUCGUCUGCUUGUCAACGGCAUCCCGUUUGAGGACCCAAGCACUCUCUGCCACAGUCGAAUCAAGCCAUAGCACCCAAUUGGAGCUCGUUUCCUGAAGCCACUGCAGACAGAUAGAUCUGAGCCUCCUCACAGUCUCCGUAUCGGUCGUUGAACAACGAUGUCUCGUAACCGGGACGCGGCUAUUCGACCCGCGAACGCUGCCUUGGAAUAUUGAGGCGCGAUAGCUCUGCCCCAGGAAUAUCUGUCGGGCGAUAAGGAACGCUCUAUCCGGGUGUUGGACCCGAGGGAAAAUGUGGUGGCUGAUGAGAAGUCCCUGCUUAAGUUAGCAUGUUCAUAGCGAGGUGGUCUGGUUAAUAUGGGUAAAUGGACUCGGCUGGUGAGCCGAUACCUGCAGUCAAGGAUUUUUCUUAGCUGUGGUAAUUGACAGAGUCGCGCAUAUUUGUGGUUGUUGAAUUGAUGGUACGAUUGAGGUUGUGAGAUGUCAUUGUAACGAAAAAGUUGUUGCGAAUGGCUGCUCACCUGUAUGUUUAUGCUACGUCAUUCUGCUAUGACAGAGGAGAUUCAGCUUGUAUUACGCUCUUGAAAUGAAACUUUGG